AUGGCUCAGUAUACUGUGUCUUCGACAAAAUCAUACAUGCAGGCCAUGGCUCCAAUGUUGGACCUCUUGGCCUCGCUAGAUUUCCCAAAAGAGACCAAAAUACCUAAGAUUGACUCGGAGAACCUUCCUCAGGCUCAAUUGGAUCUGAUUUUACAAUCUUUCAGUACAGUUUCCGUUGAUAUUCUCGAUCAGAUUUCAGAUAGCUCCACUGCACGUGCUGCGGCUGUGGAAGAAAUCGUCAGAGAGUGCAAAAGAGUUAGUAGUGACAGACAAGAAGAUGAGAAUGUUGUUCUCGACAUUGUCAGAGGAAUCGUCAGGGAUAAUUCUGGCGAUGAAGAAGUCCAAUCAGCAUUAUUUGAUGUUCUAGGAUUCGAGGAGUUUGAGCUUAUAUCCAAGAUUGUCCAGAAUCGUGGGUUACUUCUUGAUGAACCUCCUCAGAGAGAUCCAUCAACGUUUACUCCCGAAGAACGUAUUCAGCAGCUUAUGAUCAACCAAGAAAAGCGUAAAAACGAAAAAUUGGCUCCUCGAGCCGCUGGACCCGGCCAAUAUCCACAUGUUUUUAAGAAGCAAGAUGUGGGUAACGUCAUUGCAAUUACUGGUAAACUGUAUCUGUUGCCAAGUGGAACAACUAGAGAGAGCUAUCCUACUCAUGAGGAAUUGAUCAUUCCAUAUCCACAAAACAUUACCAACAAAUAUAUAACUGAUUCGCAGUUGGUCAAAGUGAGUCAGUUGGAUUUUUUGUGUCAGGGAACAUUCAAGAACUACAAGACUUUGAACAAAAUGCAAAGUUUAGUGUAUCCAGUAGCUUACAACACCAACGAGAAUAUGUUAGUGUGUGCUCCCACAGGUGCCGGUAAGACCGACGUGGCUUUAUUGACUAUUCUUCAUACCAUUGGACAAUUUGUGACUGAAGCAGAGGAGGGAGUGAUCGACGUAGACUACGAUGAGUUCAAGAUUAUUUACGUCGCACCCCUUAAAGCUCUUGCGGCUGAAAUUGUGGAAAAGUAUGCCCAAAAACUCAAGUGGCUAGGCAUAAAUGUUCGAGAAUUGACUGGUGACAUGCAACUAACGAGAGCGGAGAUCAUGACAACGCAAGUGAUAGUUACCACUCCUGAAAAGUGGGAUGUGGUAACCAGAAAGCUGAAUGGCGAUAACGAACUUGUGGCCAAGGUGAAGUUGCUAAUCAUCGAUGAGGUGCACUUGCUUCACGAAGAUAGAGGUUCUGUCAUUGAGACAUUGGUAGCUAGAACAUUGAGACAAGUGGAAAGUACACAGCUGAUGAUCAGAGUAGUUGGCCUCUCGGCCACUCUUCCGAACUACAUGGACGUGGCCGACUUUCUUGGCGUCAACAGAAAUAUUGGAAUGUUUUAUUUUGACCAACUGUUCAGACCAUGCCCAUUGAAGCAAGAGCUCAUUGGAGUACGAGGAAAGGCAGGGUCGAAAACCGCCCGAGAGAAUAUUGACAGGGUUUCGUAUGAUAAACUCGUGGAGAAUAUCCGAAACGGUGCUCAGGUCAUGGUUUUCGUUCACUCUAGAAAAGAUACCGUUAAAACAGCCAGAACCUUUAUAUCCAUGGCUCAAGGUAAUGGAGAAUUGGGUGAUUUUGACUGCUCAGAAUCCUGUGAUACUUUCGAUAGGUACAAGAGAGAAAUGGGAGGAAAAAACAGAAACAAGGACAUGCGUGAGUUAUUCCAAUAUGGUUUUGGAGUUCAUCAUGCUGGUUUGCUAAGAACUGACAGAAACCUCACGGAGAAAAUGUUUUUAAGCGGUGCAAUUAGAGUUCUCUGCUGUACAGCUACCUUGGCCUGGGGUGUGAACUUGCCUGCUGCAGUUGUCAUCGUUAAAGGGACACAAGUGUAUGAUGCCAAGCAAGGUGGAUUUGUUGACUUGGGAAUCUCAGAUGUCAUCCAAAUCUUUGGUCGUGCUGGACGUCCCCAAUUCGAGAGUUUCGGAACGGGUAUCUUGUGUACCACCAGCGACAGGCUUGACCACUACGUGUCUUUGAUCACUCAGCAACACCCAAUCGAGUCCAAGCUUCUGGCUAAGCUCAUCGACAACUUGAACGCUGAAAUCUCCCUCGGUACGGUCACCACCAUUGAUGAAGGUAUUCAGUGGCUUGGUUACACAUACAUGUACGUAAGAAUGAGGCAGAAUCCAUUUGCAUAUGCCAUUGAUUGGAAAGAGCUUCAAGAGGAUCCAUCUCUCACUAUUCGAAGACGGAAUAUGAUUGUCGAUGCUGCUAGAAGAUUGCACCUGCUCCAAAUGAUUGUAUUCGAUGAGAAUGCCGGUGCAUUCAUUCCAAAAGAUUUAGGAAGAACAGCAUCAGACUUCUACUUGCUCAAUAAUUCCAUUGAGAUCUUUAACCAGAUGCUCAACCCAAGAGCGACUGAGGCCGAUGUGUUGGCUAUGAUCAGUAUGAGUAGUGAGUUUGACAGCAUCAAAUUCAGAGAGGAGGAAAAGAAGGAACUCACCGACCUUGCAGACAAUAAUACUCCUUGCCAAGUUGCUGGAGAUCCGGAGUCUAAUCAGUGGAAGACUAAUAUUUUACUCCAAGCAUUUGUUUCACAAAUUUCUCUCAAGGAUUCAGCAUUGGUUUCAGAUUGUAACUAUGUUGCCCAAAAUUCAGCAAGAAUCUGUCGUGCAUUAUUCUUGAUUGGAAUUAACAGAAGAUGGGGUGCAUUCUCGAAGAUUAUGCUCUCCAUUUGCAAACUGAUUGAUCGGAGAAUGUGGGCUUUUGAUCACCCACUCUCUCAAUUUGAUCUCUCCGAUUCUAUUUUACGCAAUCUUCGAGCCAAAAACCCUUCUAUGGAGCAAUUGAGAGAUCUUUCAGCUGGAGAACUUGGAGAUCUUGUUCACAACCAAGGCUCCGGAAAGACCUUGUAUCGGUUAAUUAGCAGGUUUCCAUACUUGGAAAUCGAUGCUGAAAUUUUCCCAAUCACAAGCAAUGUUAUACGUAUGCAUGUGGUUCUUGAGCCAGAUUUUGUGUGGGAUGAUCGAUACCAUGGAAAUGCCCAGUUUUUCUGGAUUACUGUCGAAGAGUCUGGUGACACUAAGAUUUUACACGUUGAGAAGUUCAUUUUGAGAAGAAAUCUGAUGAAAACUCCUCAUGAACUUGACUUUAUGAUCCCGUUAUCUGACCCAGCUCCAGCUCAGAUUGUUGUCCGUGCAUUGUCUGAUUCGUGGAUUGGCUCUGAAACAGUACACACUGUCUCCUUCCAACAUGUUAUUAAGCCCACGAAUGACACUGUUAGAACCAAUCUUCUCAGAUUGCAACCACUUCCCGUCGCAGCAUUGCACAACAAGGACUAUGAGUCCAUCUAUGAGCCUAAGUUCCGUUACUUCAAUCCGAUGCAGACAAUGACCUUCCACUCUCUCUACAACAGCAACUCUAAUAUUUUUGUCGGAUCUCCGACUGGAUCUGGUAAGACGGUGGUUGCUGAACUUGCAAUCUGGCAUGCAUUCAAUGAAUUUCCCACAUCUAAAGUGGUAUAUAUUGCGCCUAUGAAAGCAUUGGUCCGCGAAAGAGUUGACGACUGGAGAUCUCGAAUUUGCAAGCCGACUAAGAGAAAACUUGUGGAAAUGACCGGAGAUUCCUUGCCUGAAGCUAGAGAGGUAAGAGAGGCUGACAUCAUCAUUACAACUCCAGAAAAGUUCGAUGGUAUCUCCCGUAACUGGCAAACUAGAAAGUUUGUGCAAGAAGUUUCUUUGGUGAUCAUGGACGAGAUCCAUCUCUUAGCCAGUGAUAGAGGUCCAAUUUUGGAGAUGAUUGUCAGCCGUAUGAACUACAUUUCUUCCCAGACGAAAAAGCCUAUUAGGCUUUUGGGAUUGUCGACUGCAGUGUCAAAUGCCAUUGAUAUGGCAGGCUGGUUGCGUGUCAAGGAAGGACUUUUCAAUUUCCCACAAUCUGUCCGUCCUGUUCCUUUGCAGAUGUAUAUUGAUGGCUUCCCAGAUAAUUUGGCGUUCUGUCCUUUGAUGAAGACCAUGAACAAGCCGGCAUUUAUGGCCAUUAAGCAGCACUCUCCUUCAAAGCCAGUGUUGAUUUUUGUGGCUUCUCGUCGACAAACUCGUCUUACUGCACUCGAUUUGAUUCAUUUAUGUGGUAUGGAACUGAACCCAAGAAGAUUCAUGAGAAUGGAAGAUUUCGAACUACAAAAGAUCUUGGAAACCGUGAAAGAUGAAACCCUCAGAUUAUCGUUGCAAUUUGGAAUGGGAUUACAUCAUGCUGGUUUGGUUGAUUCCGACAGACAGAUUGCUCACAAACUCUUUGAAGCCGGAAAGAUCCAGAUCUUGAUCGCUACUUCUACCUUGGCUUGGGGAGUGAAUUUACCAGCACACUUGGUUAUCAUCAAGGGCACGCAGUUCUUUGAUUCCAAGAUCGAAGACUACCGCGAUAUGGACUUGACUGAUAUCUUGCAGAUGAUGGGAAGAGCUGGACGUCCAGCUUUUGACACAAGUGGUAUUGCAAUUGUCUAUACCAAAGAAUCCAAGAAGGUUUUCUAUAAACAUUUCUUAAACAUUGGUUUCCCAGUUGAAUCCUCGUUGCACAAGGUACUUGACAACCAUAUAGGUGCGGAAAUCGCCAGUGGAACCAUUAAGUCUCGCCAGGAAGCAUUGGACUUCUUGACUUGGACUUUCUUGUACAGACGUGCUCAUAAUAAUCCAACUUACUAUGGAAUCGAAGACUUAAGUCCCGUUGGAAUUUCGAAGUACUUGGGAGGACUCAUCGAUAAUGCCAUUGAGAAUCUUGAAGAGUCACUGUGCGUCAGAAUUGGGGCUAGGGACGAGCUCAUUGCUUCUCCGUUCUUGCAGAUUUCAUCUUUCUAUUACCUCUCGCACAAUACUGUUCGUACUGUUCUUGGACAACUUAGCAAGGAGUCUGGAUUCAGAGAAUGCUUGAAGAUGUUGUGUCUUGCUGCAGAGUACGAUGAGUUAGCAACAAGACACGGAGAAGAGUUGAUAAACAUGGAGAUGUCCCAGGCCAUGCGCUACCAGGCCGAAGAUUUGGAAUGUGAGUUCAUCUGGGAUCCCCAUGUCAAGGCGUAUUUAUUGAUUCAGGCAUUCAUGAGUAGGGUCGAGCUUCCAAUUGCUGAUUAUGCUCAGGAUACCGUUUCUGUUUUGGAUCAAGCAUUGCGUAUCUUGCAGGCAUACAUUGAUGUUGCUGCUGAGUUGGGAUAUUUGAAGGUUGUUUUGACACUCAUUGAGUUGAUGCAGUCGAUCAAACAGAGACUUUGGUAUGAUGAGGGUCCUGUCAAUGCACUUCCUGGAAUGGAUGGUAAACAAAUCAGUGAUAAGAGUCUCACUUUGAAGGCAUUGGGUUCAUACAACCAAGGAAAGCUUUACCAAAUUGCCGAAAGAUUCGGAUUGGAGAAUGAAGUAAAGAAGAACUUCGUGACUAUUUCCUCGCAUUUGCCAGUAGGUAAAUUUGUUGCCGAACAGCAAGACUCCACCAGUCUUAGUGUCACAUUAGUACACUCCAACAGUCCAUUAAAUAAGGAUUUUAAGAUGUAUGCUCCGAGCUUCCCGAAACAACAGAGAGAAUCAUGGUUUGCGAUUAUAUGUGACAAGGAUGAGACAGAACUUCUUCUAUUGAAAAGAGCAUCGCCAAAGAUGGCUGGAAAGAUGGGUAAAGUGCUGUGCACGUUUGAACUUUUCGAAGAAUUCAGAGGUAAGGAAGUAAAGGUCAAAUUCGUGAACGAUGCCAUGAAAAUCAGCUACGACAGCUUGGUUCAGCUUCAAUGA